AUGAAAGAAGAUGUGUGGAGGACCCCAGCAGGAGAGACUCCAUGUGGUCCCAUUCCCCAGAGUGCUCCUCAUGCCACAGCUUCGACCGCUCCAGCCAACUACUCCCACUGGAAGGAGAAGAAGAAGUGCAAGAAGGCCAAGAAACGCAAACAUGCCAAGAGACACAGGAAGGAAUCCAUCAAGAGCAAAGAGUUGCUCGUUUCAGAGGGUCAGGGUCUGGAGUCAAAGCCUGGUCACCUGGAGAGAAGGUCCCUCUCCCUGUCUCGGUCCCCUUCCGCCCACUGUCGCUACCCAGGAAGAAGUGCUCUGGGUCGGGCAGGUCAAAGCCUGGUCACCUGGAGAGGUCCCUCUCCCUGUCUCGGUCCCUGUCCGCCCACUGACGCUCCCCAGGAAGCAGUGCUCUGGGUCGGGCAGGUCAAAGCCUGGUCACCUGGAGAGGUCCCUCUCCCUGUCUCGGUCCCCUUCCGCCCACUGUCGCUACCCAGGAAGCAGUGCUCUGGACUCCCGCUCUUACUCCAGGUCCUACACACCAACCACUCCAGGUCUCGGGGGAUGUCUAGGUCUUACUCCCAGUCCAUAUACAGAUCCUGGUACAGGUCCAGGUCUUUGUCCCUGCUCAGAGGGAGGAAGGCAACCAGAUCCUCCAAGAAGCCCAAGAUGGCUGACGUUAUCAGGCUAAAGCCAGAGGCCUCAGCCCCAGGGACAGUGACGGGUGUAGAGACCAAAGCCAAGGCCCGCCCUGCCGCCCCAGCCCCUGAGAACGCCCCGGUCAUUCCCAUAAGCGACAGCCCCCCUUCCUCACGCUGGAAGCCAGGCCAGAAACCAUGGAAACCCUCUUACCCUCCCAUGGGCCCCACAACCCCCAGUACAGCUGAGAAACAGUCCACAACCCCCAGUACAGCUGAGAAACAGUCCACAACCUCUAACAUGUUGAAGGACCACCCAGAGACCUCCCACCUGGAGAAGAGCCAGGUCUCUAAGACCCACAGAUACCAGAGACGCAGUGGAUCCUACAGCCAGUCAGAAUCCUAUGACUCUCACAAGAAAGGCAGCGAUGAGACCAAGUCCAUAGAUGAGACCAAGUCCAUAGAAAAGACAAAGCUAGACAAGGGCUGGAAGCAGAAUUACAGCUCUCUGAAGUGGAUCAACAACCUGGAUAAGUACCUCACCGCUCAUGACGCCCAGAUCCACAUUUUUUUUUUAUCUGAGGAUGGAACAGCCAGCGAACACAUUCCUGGACCCAGACAUAUUGGUUCCAAGGGACAGAUGCCCUUUAGCCCAUUAUCAGAACAAGGACGUCCUCAGAUGCUGCCUAAGAUCUUGGCCGCCACCGAGCCCAAGGUCUUCCUAUUAGAGAAGGAGGAGGGAAACCCUGAGAAUGGACCAGGGGCAGAGAGACACAAGAGCAGGAUGAAGAACAAACCUAAACACAAACGCAGGAAUAGGAGCUCUGCCAUGUCUGGCUCCUACUGGUCAAAGGUCAAGUCGAAGAGGUCCAAGAGGAAACACCAGAAGCUCAAGGAGAAAUUCAGCUGGCAGCCACUGCUGGAGUUCAGAGAGGAAGAGGAGGAGGACGAGUCCCAGAAAGAGAAACGUCUAAAGGGUAGUCCUAAGAGAGCUGUCAGGGGAAGACCAGGCAAAUCCCCAUGUCUGAAAAAGGAGGACGAGGAGAGAAUUCCUGCUUCACCCAACAGAAACGGUUCAGUACAGCCAACGCCUCACAGCGUGGAAGAUACAGCGGAGAUAACCAAAAAACAGAGAGCUAAACCAACUGCCAACUCAAACCCAAAACAUACUAAACCUCAGGACCUCACUGCUAACCUGCCAAAGAUGGAGCAGCCAGAAACAGUAGUAGAUGCUAUGGAGAUCUGCAACCCAGAACACACGGACCUCCCUGAACCCUCCCCUAAGCCAGCAGGCCCUCUUGGCCACCAGACAUCAGUCUAAAAACCCUGGCUCCUCUGAGAUGCACCUUGAAGAACGGAGAUGUGUUCCUCUCACCUGUUAUAGAACAACAGUCUACAGCCUCUCUGCAAGCUGUGAUGCUAGCUAGUGGGCAGCAGCAGGAAACUGCAGCAGGCAGAGCUGCUGGACCUCCUGUCGACCCCAAUGGAAGCUUCUAAAUUGGGAUGGCCGCUCUGCAGGCCCUGAACCCAAACCCCUCCUCCGUGGCCCGUCUGCUCCCCACCAGACCUCGGAACACAGCGGGUCCCAGACCCAGCCCCAGCACCAGC